AUGUUAUUUCCAGCUUCACUUCAGUUUUUGAUUUCAAGUGUGCCCGAUGUAAAGAGAAAGCACCAGCACUCUGCUACUGCUGCAGAACUUCCCCGGAAGAGGAAGCGGACCUCUGUGGCUCGUCCUUCCAAACCUUCUGCUGUGAAUCCAGCUGCUGAAGAGCCAGAGGUGUUGGACUGGGAUGCCAGUCCUCAGGCUUCCACCUCAGCUGCUGACAUUCCAGAGUUACUGAAUUUGGUCGCAAAGCCUCGGACCCCCCCUGCUGACCUUCCAGUUCCUUCCACUGCUCCGCUGCCCCACGACAGCCCUCUGAAAAUACACAACCGCUCAGUAGAAGAGUACCAGCAGAUCUACCAUGAAGUUGUAGAUAAUAUGCUGAAGUACAAGAGUGGCAGGAUGCGUCCGUACAGUUUAGCGCUGGGACGUCGCAUCAAGCAGAAGCUAUGGGAAAGGCUGGAUCGUCCCACAUUCACAGAAUCAGUGGCUGGAGACAGCCUGGUGCAUGUGGGCGUCUCAUACGGGGUCGGGGUCCAUCCUCCACUUUAUGAUGUGGAUAUCACGGGAGAACCUAGUCCCCAACCGCUCCCAAAGAUCAGAGCCUAGAACUAAAAUGAAAUAUUAUCAUUUUAGUUCAAUGAGAUUACAUCUGCAAAUAAUAUUGUAGAUGAACUUUAAGUCUUGUAGUUUUAAAGUUUAAGUGUUGAAGGUUUAAGUUUGUGUUGUGGUUGUAAGUUGGUGUUGUAGUUUUAAGUUUAAGUGUUAUAGAUUUAAGUUUAAGUGUUGUAGUUUUAUGUUUAAGUGUUGUAGUUUUAAGUUUGUGUUGUAGUUUUAAGUUUAAGUGUUAUCGAU